AUGUCGGAGGAUAGUGAUAAAUUGAAGGCUAUCAUGGAUGCGUUGAAAAACAAUCAAGAGUUUGCUUCGGAUAGUUCUGAGUCAAGCGGUAAAGAGGAGGCCAAAGGCGAGCCACAGGAGGAGAAACAGAGGUCAGCCAGCGGUGAAAGUGAUAUUUCCGGAGUGUAUGAUGAUGAGGUAGGUGGUGAUGGUUUAGAGGAGCAGGAUAAGGGUGAAGAUAUGGAGAAUAAAGAGGAUUACAAUCCGUUGCAGGAGGAUAACAAGGAGCGGGUGGGUGGGGACGAUGAGGAUGAGGAGAUUUUGGAGGUUGUGGACAAUUCAGCCGAGCCAGCUGAGGAGGUGGAGAUGUCUAAAGUUUAUGAGGAUAAGUCUGAACAUGAUGAUAGUGGGGGUGGUGAGGACGGGGGGGUGGUGACCAGGGAAGUUGCGGACGAAGAUACGGAGUCUAACUCAGAUAAUCGUGAGGGAAGUGAAGAUGAUGAGCUUCUGGAAGAUGAGGGGCCGGAAGAGCAUCGUGAGAAGGUUGUACCUGAGGAGAAUGAUGAAAAGGAGAAUGAUGAUGACUCGUUAGACCACACAGUUAGCAAAAAGGACAAGAUUGCAGCUACCGCUGCAGCUGCCGUUGCAGCUGCGUCUGCCAGCUAUGAUGAUGAUGCCAAGGAUUCGGUUUCAAGAACCAAAGAACAAGGCACAGCUGAUGAUAUAGAUCAGAACUUGUUGGAGAAACAGGUGAGGUAUAUCGUUGAUAGUGAGAUGCUAUCACUUCCUGAGUUCCAGGAGCUUUCAUCGCAGGAAAAGGUGCUUGCAAUUGUCACUUUGUUGAACUCAAAUCCCGAUACUACAAUGCCAUCUAAAUCUACAUCAGUGGAAGGAAGUGAGGCACUUAAAAGAAGACGUUUUCCUCCACCGGAUAUGUCGCAGUCAAUGACCCCCGAAGAAAGACAGCGGUAUUCCGAGUAUCUGCGUGGGGAAAAUAGGAUCACAGAAAUUGAACACUUUCCACCAAAAUCGCGGUUGUUUAUCGGUAACUUGCCGCUGAAAAAUGUCACAAAAGAGGAUCUAUUUAGAAUUUUCUCACUAUAUGGGCACAUUUUUCAAAUUAAUAUAAAAAAUGCGUUUGGCUUCAUUCAAUAUGAUAAUGCUCAAUCGGUGAAAGAUGCUAUAGAGUGCGAGUCAAAUGAGACAAAUUUCGGUAAGAAGCUAAUAUUGGAAGUAUCAAGUUCUAACAGUAGACCGCAAUUUGAUCAUGGUGAUCAUGGUACUAAUAGCAGUUCUACAUUUGUGACUUCUAGCAAGCGUCCCUUCGACGAGCAAGGAGAGGAAGACGAUAUGUAUAGUGAUAACCAUUACAAAAAGACCAAAAAGCGUAUUCCACAAUGUAUGAUUUUGGUAAAGAGAACUGCAGAUCGUUCCUACGCGAAUGAGGUGUUCAAUAGUUUCAGAAAUGGCUCCGGCCUGGAAACUGAUAUGGUAUUUUUGAAGCCCCGUAUGGAAUUGAGAAAGUUAAUUAACGAUGCAGCAUAUGAUGGUGUAUGGGGUGUUAUUUUGGUCAAUAAGAAUAGAAACGUUGAUAUUCAAACGUUUUAUAAGGGUCCACAGGGCGAAACAAAAUUUGAUGAGUAUAUAAGCGUUUCGUGUGAAGAUGCAAUUGCCAUCUUUAACAACUUGAAGAGUUCAAGAAGUUCUCUUCCAGGAUCCAUUUCUCCUCCAUUGCAACAACGUGCGAAGUUGCCUCCUCAGCAACAGCCCCGUCAACAACAACAACCACAACAACCACAACAACAGCAGCAACAGUUUUACAGUGGCUAUAAUCUUCCUCCACAGCAAAAUCCUUAUAUACCUCCUCAAACCAUCUAUGGAACGAUGGCUUCAGCUGCUCCUCCGCCUCCGCCUCCACCGCAGCAACAGCAGCAGUAUGCUACCAUGCAGUCGUAUGCUGGUUUCCCUCCUCAGCAACUUCCAAUUGCCGGACCAGGUCAUCCAAAUGGCCCGAUGGACCAAUCUCAAUUACUUGCAGCAAUCCAGCACUUGCCACAGAGUGUUAUCUCCAGUUUGUUAUCAAUGGCGCAGCAGCAACCUAAUCAACAACAGCAGGUGUUGGGAUUAAUUCAACAACUUCAGAAUAACCCUCAGCAUCAGCAACACGUUGCUCAACAACUAAGUGGUAAUGUAUCCAACCCGUAUGGAGGCUUUAAUACAACACCAACUCCUAAUGUUUUGGCUGCUUCGCCACCUCCACCGCCACCUCCCCAGCAGCAGCAACAACAGCAGCAGCAGCAGCAACAACACCAACAACACCAACAACACCAACAACAAUCAAAGCAUAUUUCUGUGCCACAAGCUCAACCCCCACAAGCUGGCAGUAAUGUUCAAAGUCUCUUAGACAGUCUUGCUCAGUUGCAGAAAUGA